CCAACCCGACCGAAGAACCCCACGGCCAUUCGCCACCACGCGGAACAGAAGCAACGAGACAUUCCUCCUCCCCCGCUAGGGUUCCGGCGAUGGCGCACGGCGGCCAGCCCCGCCGCGCCCCCGCCGUCCGCCGCCCCAAAUCGUCGGCUUCGGCGUCCGCGCCCGCCGCCGAUCGGAAGCGGAAGCGCGCCGCUGCCAUGAAGACCGUCACGCUCAAGAACCAGAUCCGCUCCACGGAGCGCCUCCUCCGCAAGGAUCUUCCUAGUGAAAUGAGGGUGGCUCAAGAGAAGAAAUUGGAAGAACUUAAGCGGCAGCAAGAGCUUCAGAAUCAACUAGCUAUUCAACGGACAGUACAGUUGAGAGAUAGAAAGAUAAAGUUUUUUGAGAGGCGAAAGAUUGAGAGAAUGAUAAGGCGCCUUGAGAAGCAGCAACGUUCGAAUGCUGAUGAUGCCAGCAACAAGCUGUCGACAUUGCGAGAAGAUCUUGAAUAUGUUCGAUUUUUCCCGAAGACUGAGAAAUAUCUCCCUCUGUUCACCGGGGAGGAUAGCCCAGAUCUUAUCGAGAAGAGGAAUGUAUGGCGUAAACAGAUCAAGGAUAAUCUCAUGGCUGCUGCAGCAAAUGGAAAGGACUUAGAAGAGACAGCAAGCGACGAUGAUACCUUGGAUGUGAGUGACGAUGAUUUCUUUAUGGGAAGUUCAAGCGAUGAAGAGGCAGAUGAUGAGCUGACCGACAAAAGUGCAAAAGAACCAGCUUCCAGUGCUUCAGGUAGGGCGGCGUCUGGUAUGUCCAGCGAUGAAAAGAAUCAGCGACAGAGAGAUGCUCGAGUUCUUAUGCCACCACCUCGCUCAUUACCACCGAAUAGAGCUAGAUCCAUGGAGAAACGUGCAAUGUCCAGCUCUGGAAAUACUUCAAACAGCACAGGUGGUAACUCAUUCAAGAAUAGGAGAGCAUCAAAUCUGUCUGGAGAUCACAACAGCACUCUGAGUUCAAAUUCAGAUGCUCAUAAACCACGUCGCAAAAGGAGACCUAAGAAGAAAAGGAAGGAAUGAAUAUUCUGAAGCAUGAGGGACAGAGAAAUGAAGAUCUCUUCCCGCCAAAGUGUGACUUUUGGGGCUUGUUAAAUUUGAAAAGGAAACAUCGUCACGAAUGCCUGAUCAAGCUGAUGAUUUUUGUACGCUGUAAAAUGACUCCUUGUGUUGCCCUAAAUCAAACCGUUUUGCACCAACGCUCUUACUGCCGAAACCGAACACAACACACGCUCAUAUUUAUGCUGUCAUUUUACAUGUUA